GAUGUCACAUCCUUUUCGUCGGUGGCCCCUGGCGGUCCCCCGAGCGCAGGCGCUUCUUGGCGCAGAACUCCGAGCGCACGGAGCCAGGAAAGGAAAGCCCGGAGGAACUGUUGGCAAAGAGCUUGCCCUUCCUCACAGACGCAUCGCUGAUCGCGGAUGACAUUAGCUACGACGGCCUGUUGGCAACUUGCCAGGGCCGUGAGAGCUACCUCUCAGCCAUGAAAGACUGGCAGCAGCUAGUUCCGGAAAGGUUGGAGGACUUCGAGGUCUUGAAUCGGGAAGCCUGGCAGCUGAAUCCCGGCGUCGUCACCGCGAGGUGGAGGGUGAGCUUCGUGGCUCCCCUGCCGCCUUCGUGGAAGCUUCGUGAGCUUCCUGAGGAUGCUCCACUGCUACCGGGAGCCAAGGUGCGUGUGGAGACACAGCUGGUGGCUGAGCUAACCCUGAACUCAGAGGGCAAGGUGGUUCGCCAUGAGGAGGUCAUCGAUGCAGGCUACGAGAUCCUAGAUGCCAUCGCAAGAUACGAGCUGCUUACCGCGCGUCGCCGCGAGGCAGAUCCGGUCACCUGGUACUGGCAAGUCCUGAAAGAUACCAGCAUCGAAGAGAUGGCUGUGCGCUCGGGGCAGAUGGCCACACCGGAGGAGCUGGAGUGGCGCUUUAACGAGAUGGUGAUACGCAACUUCCUCCUGGGGGCUGCCUUGGGGGCGGCUGUUUGGUUUGUGCUGAAGUUCUUCCUGGCUGUGCGGAGGUCAGGAGGCUUCUAG